GGGAAGGGGAGGGAAAGGCAGAGGAGGUCCCCGAAACCGGGAGGCGCGGGGGGUCCGUCCCCUUCCCGGCACCACCUCCGGGAAGGAUGGGUUGAGCGAGGAGGAAGAGCGCCGGGGCCGCGUCGGGUGCCGGGCAGCCCUAUGAUCCGGGAUGACUCCCGACUCGCCCCGGCGCGGGGCUCUCUUGCAGAACGUGCUGGCCAAGGCGCUGUACGACAAUGUGGCCGAGUCGCCGGACGAGCUUUCCUUCCGCAAAGGCGACAUCAUGACGGUGCUGGAGCGCAACACGCAGGGCCUGGACGGCUGGUGGCUCUGCUCCCUGCACGGCCGCCAGGGCAUCGUGCCGGGGAACCGCCUCAAGAUCCUGGUGGGGAUGUACGACAAGAAGCAGCAGCAGCAGCAGCAGCAGCAAGCGGCCGGGCUGGGGCAGGGCCAGGCGCCACCAGUCCCACAGCCCACGUUGCCCUACCACCACCAAGGGGGGUACAGCCCGCUGUCGCCCGCCUCGCAGUACACCCCCAUGCACCCUUCCUACGUGCCCCAAGGGGACAAUGUCUACUUGAUGCCGGCUCCCGGCAAGGGGCAGCAGGGCCUCUACUCGGGCUCGGCGCCCACCGGACAGUUUCCCCCGGCUCCGGCCAAGCAGCCUCCAGCCUACCCGAAGCAGACGCCGCCCCACGCCUUCCCCAGCGCCGGGCAGGAGAUCUACCAGGUGCCCCCGGCCCUGAGCCAAGCGGCGGACGCGUACCCUGUGGGCUCUGCCAGCCCCCCCCAGGAUAUAUACCAGGUUCCUCCCUCGGUGGCACAGGCUCAGGACAUCUACCAGGUGCCCCCGUCUUUGGAUGCGAGGAGCUGGGAAGGGUCCAAGCCGUCGGGAAAGGUGUUGCUGCCCACGCGCGUGGGGCAGGCGUACAUCUAUGACUCCCCCAAGGGCGAGCAGGAUGAAUACGAUUUUCCCCGCCACCUCCUCUCCUCGGGCUCCCAGGAGAUCUACGAUGUGCCGCCCGUGCGCGGUGCGCUGCCCAGCCAGGUCUAUGACACCCCCCCCAUGGCAGUCAAGGGUCCCAAUGGGCAGGACACGGGGCAGGAGAUCUACGAUGUGCCCCCCAGCGUGGAGAAGAACCUGCACCAAACCGUAUACGACGUGCCGCCCUCCGUCAGCAAGGACGUGCCGGACGGCCCCAUGCGGGAGGAGACGUAUGAUGUGCCCCCUGCCUUUGCCAAGCAGAAAGCCUUUGAGCCCCCCCGCCAUCCCCCGGUGCUCACCCAGCAGGAGCCCUACCUGCCGGAGGAUGUCUACGAUGUGCCACCGGCAGCCGGGAAAGCCGCCCCCGAGUCUUCGCUCUCCCACGAGAUCUACGACGUGCCUCCCAGCCUUAAGAAGCUGGGGGGGUCAGCCUUCCCCUCGCAGGAGGUGUACGACGUGCCACGGGACCUGCACGCCCCCGGCAAGGGCUCGGUGGACACGGAGGGUGAGUACAUCUACGAUGUCCCGCCGCAGGUGGACCGCGAGGCCAAGGCGGCUGACACCAAGCGUCUCUCGGCCUCCAGCACGGGCAGCACCCGCAGCAACAUCUCCACCUCCUCGCUGGACACGGUGCCCGUGAAGGAGCCGGCCAAAGGGCCCGGCAGAGAGUUCUCCAUGGACUUGGACGCUGCCAUGGAGAUGCUGGCCAAGCUCCAGCUCGGCGUCAGCGGCGCCGUCUCCUGCCUCAUGUCCUUCAUCAGCACCAACUGGCGCAGCCCCGAGCACAUGGAGGCCAACGCUGCCGGCAUCCGCGGGGCGGCCGAGGGCGUGCAGUCGGGGUUUAAGAGGCCGAGAGCCCCCGGCCUGAGCUGUGCUGCGCCUGAAGCCCUCGGCGGCGGGGAGUCGGGGGAGGGAGCGCUGGGGAAGAAGAGGAGAGGCCUCGUGCUCGAGGUCGAUGAGAAAGAGGAAGGAAAAGCUCAGGAAAACGAAGACGAGGAGGAUGACUUAAAGCAGUCAGAAAGAGACCGGGAAGAAGGAAAAAAGAAAGAGGACGCGCUUUGGGCCAGCUUCCUCAGCGACGUGGGGCAGAAGCCCAAAGCAGCGGCCACACAGGCAACUCGUGCUGACAAGGCUGGAGAAGAGAAGAGUGUGAACAAGCUUCAGGGGAAACCAAAAGAAUCUGAGAAGCCAAAAGAUUCAGGAAAAGUCACAAUCACCAAAGUGUUCGACUUUGCUGGUGAGGAAGUCAGAGUGACUAAAGAAGUGGACUCAAACUCAAAAGAAGCAAAAUCUUUUCUGAAGCAGCAAGAGAAGUGGCAGUCAUCAGCUCCAGGUUCCCUCCCAACUGUCUCUGGGGUGAAGAGGCCGAGCGGUAUCAGCAGCCUCCUGGGGAAGAUCGGCUCCAAAAAGCAGAAGAUGAGCACACUGGAGAAGUCCAAGCUGGACUGGGAGAACUUCAAGGAGGAGGAGGGCAUUGUGGAGGAGCUGGCAAUCCACAACCGAGGGAAAGACGGGUACAUCGAGAGGAAGGCGUUCCUGGAGCGCGUGGACCACAGGCAGUUUGAGAUCGAGCGCGACAUCAGACUGAGCAGAAUGAAGCCGUGAGGGCCGGGGAUGGCCGUGGGGUCCCACUGGCUCUGUGCCCCAGCUGGGGGAUGCCAGCCCCCGCCUGGCCGCAGGGCACGGAAACUGUUCUCUACCCAAGCCUGCACGUCUCAGCAGGUUUUUCCUUUUACUGUAAUGUUUGGGGAGGGUGCUUGUCUGUGGGCAGGGUGUGCUGUGAGGGUCCCAUCACCCGGCAGGUGACGGAAGUGACCCCGUGGCACCGAUCCUUCCCCACCGCUGGGUGCUGCCGUGCUUGCACGCAAACCAGAAUCCAGCUCUGCUGACGUGUGCGGUGGUGAGAGGGGUUGCAGGAAGGCUUUGUGGCUGCUGCACAGGCUGUGAGGCUGGAGCCCUGCUCUCCGCUCUGCCAGCUCCGCAGCCUCCCCUGCCCCUCCUCGCUCUUGCCCAGACAAAGCCGAACUGUCUGCACUUGUCUGCGGGGUCUGAUGGUGCUGGGGGUUUUUGAAGCAAGCCGAUGAAGAAAUCCUCCCUUGUUUGCUCCAUCGAGGAGCUGAGAGCAGCUGCGGCAGGCAGGCCGGGCCAGGGUCUGUUCAUGUGAAUAAAGUAUUCCAUCCUGGCGCUC